AGCCCAAGGAAUAUUUCUGCAUCAAUUCCCGAACGGAUUUCUGUCGAAAACCUGACGACAUCCUCUUUCGGGAUCGCGUUCUCCAACGGCAUCAUUUGCGCAACUUCCGACACUAGAUUCGUCGACACGCCGUGUUUCGCCAAGGGUUCGACUUGGAGAUCGGAAAAUAAUAUUGAUGAUGAGCAGCGGGUUGUAUUGGCAAAGGGAAACCCCGUGACUUGGAUUCGCUGCGAAGCCAUGUCAACAAGCGACCCGAAUGUGACCUGUUUGGGAAACGAAGACGGCGCCGGUCGAAUCGCGACACCGCGACGUUGUGACGGGGUUCGAGAUUGCGACGACCUGUCGGACGAAUUCAAUCCGGAAUGCAGAAGGGCCUACGCAGGAUUUAGGAAACCUUUCGGAGUGGCGAAUGACGUGAAUACGGACGAAUUUAUUUCAUUUGAAAUCGUCAAAAAUGGGACCAAGCAAGAGACAAAAUCAUUCGUGUCUCGAUCGGUUCGCAAUUACGUUUUAAACCACCGAAAUAAGCAAGACGCUCCAAUUCCGAAAGAUAUGAUUCGAGAUGUGCAAAGCCCUCUGAAGAGAUCCUUCACUUCCAUUUUUGCGCAUUUGAUGCCCUUGAAGGGAACGGACCAUUCGGACCAUGCCGUGCUAUUUUGCAAAAAUUGUGACCUGAUAAAACCCUUCAAAUGUGACGAUGGUGUGGAGUGCAUCCCGAUGGACUUUGUUUGCGAUGGGGAAGUGGAUUGCAUCGACGAAUCGGACGAAAUUCGCUGCGAAUACGGGCCCUCCAGCUUGCUCCCUGUGGAUUCCGGAAAUUCCUUUGACACCACUUUGAAUGUAUCCGUCCACGAGGGAAUUUCGCCGAUUAGCAUUUCUGAGUCACUACAUCAAACACACAAGGAGAACAUCUCAGAAGCUUCAUCCAAUUUGACAGAAUCGGAUUUGAUGCCGUCAACAGCUGUAAUUCCCUCCGAAGAUGUCGCACUGGAAUGUCUGUUUAACGCUUCUAGCGAUUGCCUCAAGAUGACGCUGGUUAAACGACCUGAUCCCUAUGAUGACCUGAUAGUUUUCUGCGUGGAGGGAUCGUUCAUUUGUGGACCUCUUUGCUUUUCCGACUGGCCUACGUUAACCCUUGGCACAUUGUGUGGCAUGGUUGGAAAUGGGACUUAUUUCGAUUCUGACGUUAACCCGAGCCAAAUUGAACACUUCUUCAAAUUCGUCGUGAAAUCCAUCGAUUGCCUACCGAAUGCGACGGGGAUUUCCGAAUGUGAUUUGAAAAUCGUCCGUCGAGAGAAAAGCCACGAUGACGUCUCUGGACUCUGCCCAUCGAAAAAGGUUCUUGGAAUUCACUGUCCUGAAAAUUGCACGGCUGAGGGAGCGAGAAUGUGCAACAAUUCUUUCAAGUGCAUCCCGAGUGACAAAAUGUGCGACGGAAUUUCCGAUUGUUCUGACCAUUCCGACGAGGACCCAAGCUAUUGUGCCAACUUCCAUCGAGGUCAUGCAAAUUUAGUGGAAAAUCCGUCUCCUCAAUUGGGUCUGCGCAACAGUAAAAUGCACAGAGUUUUGGACGUUGUGCUCAUGACUGCGGUGGUUGCACUUCUGUCCAUCAUCGGCAUCGUGAUUGUAUGGAAAUCCAGAGAAAACAUCAGCAAGUUUUUACGCGCGCGAAAAAGCGGCAGGGUCAUGUUUGACCGCUUGGACAGUUCGGUGUCGGUGUAUCCGACAGUGACUUUCCAUCGCCCCAGUGACAACAUUGACGAUCUACGAAACGAAAAUAACUACGACGACGAAGAAGCUUUAAUUUACAACGAGGAAAGAGGAGAAAACGACGAUUCCCGAGUUUAUAAAGAGGAAAGGAAAAUUGACAGCAUGAAACACGUUGGGAAUCGAGAGGAGGCCAAGAUAUUCCAAAAAUGUGAGCAGAAACCGAAGUCUGACAAGUGUCUUCUCGUUAACGAAGAAGAACCAGAAUAUCAUCAAGGCUUUGAAGAAUAAUAGCGACAGCAAAAAAAUAGUUAUUUUUCUUCAACCUUGAGAGCUUGGCGACAUGAUUGAUGAUCUUGUCUCCCCGCGAUGACAUCAUCUUUUUUUCGGAUCAGCGUGUCAUUUACUUGCUGAAUUCUGCGGCAUCUCGUUUUUCGUGUGGUUGAACAGGUUCCGCAUCUUUGCUCCCUUAUUCCGUCAAAGAGUAAUUUUUCCUGAACGAAUUUCCUGUCGACUUUCUCAUCAGCGCCUGUUCCAUGUCGAUUCGAAGACAAAAAAAAAACCUGUCGUGAGAUGAGAUAGUCUUCCCGAAGUUUUAGUCAGCAUGCUUUUAAAUACGCUCAGCUAGCUUUAUUUGCUUUAAACAUGUACGGCAAGUUAUUGAGAAAACAGUAUUUGUCGAUUUUUUUGUAUUUCAUGGAAUUGCAAUUUUGUGUCAACAAUGAAUUUUCAAUAGAGUGAAUCCUCGAUUAUUCGGGCUUCAAUUAUUCGCUAAUUUGCGGUCCGAAUUUCAAGUCACCCAGAGGAAGCGGAACGGUAUAAUCAAUACAAUUUCGUCCAUAUUAUUUAUUUAUCUCAAUUUGGCUUGUGUUAUAUUCACAAAUUCUUGUCAAAAUGCCGUUUUUAUGAAAAUCAAAAAGCCAACAAAAUGUGGCAAGAAUAUAAUGGAAUAUAGUUUCAUGAGUAGUAUAAGAAUAAAAAUUUAUCAAUCAUAGAUGUUUUAGAAUUCCAGAAUUUUUUGCUUGUGAGUUUUUAAAAGAAAUUAAUUUAAUUUUUUUAUUUGUUUCAUAUUUGCUUCUAAACGAAGACACUCGGUAAUUAACCCGGAUGAUCGAGAUUUCGCGGAAAUGCUGUAAAGGAAAUUGAAUACCUUUAUUGGGAAGUUGGCGACGCGAAAAUACGACAAAUGGGGAACAUAGUAUUAUUUUCUGUUGUCAAAUUUGAUUUCGUUGAAAAAUGUUGUGAAUUUUGCUUUGAUCAUCCGUGAAAAGAACUUUAAUUUUAUUUCGUUGAGAAGAAAUAAAAUACUCGGUGAUUAACCCGGAUAAUCGAGAUUUUUCAGAACUGCUUCAAAUAAAGGAAUUUGAAUGUUUUGUGAAGUUAACGACGCGAAAAUGCGACAAAUGGUAAACAAUGUAUUAUUUUCUAUUGUCAAAUUUUGUUUCGUCGAAAAAUGUUGUGAAUUUUGCUUCGAUCAUCCAUGUAAAGAAUUGUUUAUUUAUUUAUUUGCAAAGCAACAAGUUCUGCAAAAAGAUUGCGCUCCAUAUUUUCCAACGAGAAAUUGUGUCGAAUUGUAAGAGUUGUUUCUGUCUGAUGCCUACCAUUCCCAUAUACAAUGUAUGUAUGUCGGAGUGAAAUUCAUUUUUUAUGUGCAGAUAGUUGCUAGCAAUGACAGUAAACUUCAUUUUCCCUUUCCUUUCACUUCUGCAAAAUGUCUGCUGAAAAUACGAAGCUGCUGCUGCAGCGAAUAAUGAGCGAAAAGUUUUUUCGUCUCCCCUCUCGUCCUUCGCGUUGAUGCGGAUGAAUAUAUAUAGUCGCGUCCUCCUUCCCCACUUCCGAAGUUUUGCUUCCUUGUAUCUCCGCUCUUGUUGUUGUUGCAAAACAGGGAUCUUAUUUUCCUUCUCUGUACGACUGUUAUUUUUUUGUUUUGAAUCUUCAAAAAGUAACGCCUCUUGUCCGAUGAUCAAAAGUGUCGGGCUCUUUGUGGAGUGGAAACUCGAGAACGAGCGUCGCGACGCGUUGUCAGAAAUGAUGGAACGGAAGAAUCUUUUCUUUAAAAAAAAAUA